AUGAUGUCACGUUUUAUAGUUAAUGAUAAGACGAAUUUAACGAAUAGUAAAUCCAGCAAAAUUAUGGUAGAAGAGUCAAAAUCUGGUCUGGAAAAACUACAUUCAGUGAUAAUUGAUAGUGAUGUUUCUAGCGAACCGUCAUCAGUCAUUGCCAAUACUGAAAUGAAUCAGGAAAUAGCAUCAGAAGAAAGCGAUGAUGAAUGUCCAAUAUUAAUUAACGAAAAAGCUUUGCAGGAAUCUUUUGAGAGUGAAAAUUCGCAUUCCGUGAACCAGCUUGGGCCAUCAAAGAUGACAGAAAAUGAACGUUGGCAAGGACGAAAUCCCUUGCAAAAAUUUUCGAUUUUGAUUGGCAGCAAUAAAUUAACAUUUAAAGUUACUGAUGCUCCUAAAAUGCAUAUAGUUGAUGAUGUGAUAUAUGAAAAAAAUGAGAGUGAAAUGGACGAUUCUUUUGGUGAAAGUACCCUGUGGAGUGAUUAUGACAUUGGUCUUGAUAGACUUAUCUACCGGUGCAAAAUAUGUGGACGCGCUUAUGCUCACAAACAACCCUUAUUAGCUCACGAAAAAACUCAUACCACUGGACGACCUUAUCAGUGUCCGAUAUGUACAAAAUGUUUCGCUCGUCAAGUGAACUUCAGUAUACAUAUGAAACUUCAUGCAAGUGGCCGUCGUUAUUUUUGCUCUUUAUGUGGUAAAUGGUUCAGGACACAGUCGUUAAUGUCUGAACAUCAGCAAAAAUGUUUUGCUUUGAUGAAUGGUUUACCCGUGCUAACUGAUCGUCCACUAAGAUAUCGUUGCUAUUAUUGCGAUAAAAUGUUUCAUCAUCGGAGGGACAAGAACAUCCAUGAAAGGACGCAUACCGGUGAGCGCCCGUAUACUUGUGGUUACUGCAGUAAGGGUUUUACGCAAUCGCAAGCUCUUACAAUUCAUAUAAGAUCACAUACCGGUGAAAGACCAUUUAGCUGUUCAAUAUGCGGCAAGGAAUUUCGGGACAGCUCAGCUUUAAGGAAGCACGAAUUUACCAAGCAUAUCAAAGAAAACCUUCCAGAUAACGACUAUGAUGAUUCAUCGAAUGAAAUAGCUUUAGUGACAGUACCGCAUGUGAAUUAA